AUGUCUGAUUCGGUGCCCGACGACCUGUGGCGCAGGCGCAUUCUGACGUCCCUUCUCGUCCAUGAGACGGUCUGUGUCCGAGCGACCUGCCGGGCAAAAGCUGCUGUGGUGACCGCUGCUCUGCUGGUGGAGCGCAUCGACGCCUCCCUCGCCCGCCACUCACUCACCGGCCUCAUCGACAUCGACCGCACCGCCCCUCUCCCAUUCACGUACGCGCUGCGGGCGGCCUAUGUGCUGGAGCAGGACAGCAACGAGUGGCGUGGGAUGGGACCGCUCAUCCGGCUGGUCGCCAUCUAUCGGCUGACGCCUGCCAAUGGGCUGCCCCUGGUGCUGUCGGCUCAGUGGCUGACAGCCCGCCUCCCCAGCAGGACGGCAUUCCACCAGCUGCCAUUGGCGAUGGCGAUCUAUCGGCUGUUCGGCCACCUGCUCACAGACGUAGGGACCAGCCUGGCGCUGCAGCAAGCCGACGAUAACGGGGCCUAUCGGAUCGGCAGUCAGUCGUUUCGUGUGGUGCCGUUGGGUGAGCUGCCGGCCGGCCAUCCCUAUGCUGAGGGCUACAAGCGGACCGACCCCGUCGUCCGAUUCGGCCCCCUCUAUCGCUCAUUCUCGGCAUUCCUGUUGUACGGGGUGCUCCGCUUGUGGCGCCAUCAAGAGGGGGUGGGUCAUAAGAUGGUGCUGUAGGCCGACAUCGGCCGCGGCGACCCUCGUUAUGGCCGUCUGCUGACCGACGCCGUCACAGAGGAUUCGGGCAUCGCUGUCGACUCUCGCAAUGACGGGUUCGAUCUAAAUGAUGCUGCUGCGAUUGACUAUCGUCAUGUGAUAGUCAGCGGCUUCAGACCUGGUGAGACCGUGGCUGCCCACAUGUACGUAUGGUUGGGCUCCAUCCAGCUGUACACGACCGAGAUAUCAACUGCUGCUGGUCGGCCUGCAUCACUCUCCGACCGCUACUCCGUAUCGGUUGGUGCCGCCCGCCGUGUGCUGCGAGGAUUCGGUCUCGAGAGUGACGUCGUCGACAGGGGGAGGGUGCUGGGGUGAGGGGUGACGGCUUGAUAGGUGGUCCGGUAUGUUGACCGAGCAGAGUCGCAUAUUAGUGGCGGUGCAAGGCUGACUACAUUUGAAAGCGUUGCGUGCCUGUUUGCAAGUAUGGCAUCAAUCGAUGAAUGUCCCACUCGUUGCUAUCGGACUCUUUGACUGGAUGGCGUGUUCACCUGAAUGAAUGGAUUCAUGCCAAUCACCGUCGACUCGUCAUGAGAAGCCACCG